AGGUUUCUCAAAUCAAACUCCACUGUGAGAGCGAAAUGUGAAGCAUCUCUCAGAUGGAGCUCUUCUCACAAUCUGCUCUCCUGACAUGUCCUCCGUCUCAGUCCCUGAAAUCUAGGGUUCGCUUUGUGGAUUUCUCUACGAUUAUCCUCCCGAAGCGCUUGCAAUUCUCCACACAGCCGCAGAAUCUGAGACAUAUGGAACCUCAGAGAACAGUCUCUUGUGUCUUUGGAAAUGGAGAAAAUGGUUCUGGUUCGCCGGUGACAACAAUUCCUGAGGCAGCAUCGAUAGGUCGAAUCGGAGAGGUCAAAAGAGUGACCAAAGAAACGAAUGUAUACGUGAAACUAAAUUUAGAUGGCUCGGGAAUCGCUGACAGCAGCACUAGUAUUCCAUUCCUGGAUCAUAUGCUGGAUCAACUUGCAUCGCACGGCCUGUUUGAUGUGCAUGUAAGGGCUUCUGGUGACACUCAUAUUGACGAUCAUCAUACGAAUGAAGAUGUUGCUCUUGCGAUUGGAACGGUGAUCAUCCAAUGCGUUAUAAUCGAUUGUUCCAAAUUAUGCUAUUUCCUUCAUGGACUUCUCAUUACAAAAUUGCCUGUUCAUGAUUUUUGCUCUCACACUCGCCCAUUUUCUUUACUCGGCUUGUUCUUGCAGUCACUUCUUCAGGCGCUUGGGGACAGAAAAGGAAUUAACCGGUUUGGAGACUUUUCGGCUCCACUUGAUGAAGCUCUAAUACAUGUUUCACUGGAUUUAUCUGGGCGACCUCAUCUGAGUUAUGAUUUACAAAUACCCACUGCGAGAGUUGGAAGAUAUGACACCCAGCUUGUGGAGCACUUUUUCCAGUCCAUUGUGAAUACUUCUGGUAUGACACUCCACAUCCAGCAGCUUGCUGGGAAAAAUUCUCAUCAUAUCAUAGAAGCAACGUUCAAAACUUUCGCUAGAGCUCUUCGUAAAGCAACGGAGUAUGACCCACGCCGUCUCGGCUCUAUUCCAAGCUCCAAAGGGGUUUUGUCACGUUCCUGAUGUUGCUAGGUCAACUUGUAACAUGGGGUUCAACGCGCCUUUGAGGUAAUGUUUACAAUAAGAUGCACCCCCUUUUCAAAUGAAAGGGUCACGUUUAUGCUAUUGCAUUGUUUAAUGUCGGUAAGUUUCAUCAGAAGAAGGUGAAACCAAGUGAAAAACAACAAGAAGUCCUGAUUUAUUUCUCAUCAUUCUUCUGAAUCUUUUCUCCGAGGUUUGGGUAAUUCAAUGUGGGACAGAUGUUAAAUGAAUCCAAAGUAUUCAGGUCUAUACGAGCACUGGGUGAAAGAUAAAAGUACAAAAAUCGGAAGUUCCAGAA